AUGCCUUCGCGUUGCCAAAAUAUUUGGAUCAGUAAUCAAAUCUUUACGCAAUAAAGGCAUUUUAUUGGCUUCGACGGCAGCUGUUGGGGUGGGAACGAAAUGAAGUAUUUUUAUCUUGUUCUUUUUGUUUAAGAUUCUUGUUUUUACGGUUUUACCCAAUUUUUUGCAUUUUAACGCUUAAUUCUGAAGUUAUAUUAUUUGGUUUGGGACUUGUGCCUUGUUAUGAUUGUUGUUGUAUGAUUGUUGUUAUUUGGUCUUAAUCAGUUGGACAUAAACUGGCGCGCUAUGUGCAUCAUGUGGAAUUAAUUGAUCAUAUGAAUGAACCCACGUAUGAUCGUCUGUUAUAUCUGCGGUCGAGAGUAUGGUAGUCUCAGCAUCGACAUCCACAUUCCCAAAUGCCUCGAGAAAUGGCGCAACGAGAACAACAAGCUCCCCAAGAAAGAGCGUCGCCCAGAGCCCCGCCCACCUCAGAAAUCCCUCCCCCUCGCUGGGCAGUCGGACCGCCAGGCAAUUCAAGAAUUCAACGAGGCGGCGUAUCAAGCGGCCAAGGAUGCCAACCUCGUACAAUGCGAGAUUUGCGGACGACGCUUCCUACCAAAAAGUUUAGCCCAUCACCAGAAAGCCUGCCGCCCGGGGGUGGUGACCUUUCUCCCCAAACCACCCGGUUUCUCGCGUCACAAAAAGAUUAUCCUCCGUAAAGGCGGCGGCAGCACCGCCCGGCCAUCCAGUCGCGUGGAGUCGGUGGAGGCCAGCAGAAUCCGGCAGUUUAUUUCCGCGCAAAAACGCGCCAGUGUCAGCGCAGCGCCGAUCACCAGCACUCUGUUAAGUCCGCGUGCGGCGAUGGCCGGGAAGGGCUCUGUGCGGGGAAGAGGGAUAGCUGCGCCAAGUACGGGCAUGUCAAAAAGUAUGGCUUCCGGUGGAGGGAACCGAAAGGUCACUGUCCAGGAACCGCGUGGCUCCAUGGGACAGGGUCCACCGACGGUGGUGUGUUACAUCUGCGGUAGGGAAUUCGGCAGGACAUCGAUUGGUAUUCAUGAGCGACAGUGCUUAGACAAAUGGAGAACGCAGAACAGUCAACAGCCGGCGCAUCUCCGAAAAGAGGAACCCAAAAAACCUGAUACGGCACUACUCGGGAGUCGUGCGACAAUGGAACAGAUCAAUGCCCAGGCAUACGAAGCUUUCAAGAACAAUUUGGCGCAAUGUGAGCGGUGUGGCCGACGUUUCUUACCCGAUCGCUUAAUUGUACAUUUGAGAAGCUGCAAAGGUUGAUACCCAGAUAUUUAAAAAUCGAAAACUUAAUCUGAGAAUUGUACCUAGGCUAGAAUGGUCCUAACUCCUAGAUACUAUCAUCCUAGGUGAAACUCCACAUCUAUGUAAAAAAGGUUUAAAAUUGGUAAGUAAUUUUCAACAGCGUGCAGAGUAUGCUUGUACAGAGUU